AUGAGGCCUUCCUCUGGCCAGCGUUUGCUUUCCGACCGAUUGCCGGAGCGAUUUAAAGAUGGCGAUGAUGCCCAGAUUGAUUAUACAGCUCCACCACAGAACAUGCGUUCUAGAGAUGGCCACAUGCACUAUAUGCAACAGUCUCUGUUUUCCGUCCUCGCUGCCGUUGGCUCCAGAUCAGAUUUUCGUGGUCGCUUCGAUGACUCCAGUGAUAGCGAUGGAGAAGCCGAAGAAGGGCAUACAAAUACAGGCCUACAAUCGGGGUCCAGCCGAGAAGGCUCAUCGGACCGACGUCGCACCAGCGGGAAGUCAGACACGACCCCACAAGACGGAGCUGACGAGCGAGGACGUCGUCAUCUCAGAACGAAAUCAGAGAACAAACUACUGCGAAGGAUACCGGGAGUAGGAUCCCAGGAAACACAGGAUGAGCCGCUAGCAGCCAGCGCAGCGACUCUCAAAAUACCGAUGAGGCGAACACGUAGUGCCACCCCCCGGGCAGCUCCCAUCCUCGCUCGCAUGGUACAAGCUCAGAAUCGCUUUGACACCGCUGCGAAGCCCGAAAAUCCGCCAUCCAGACCGGACUCUCCAAGUCAAGAUCGCCCAGAGUCAUCUUCAUCUGCCUUGUCUACACGGCUAAUGGAGAUGUUUGGCUUUGAAAGUCCUGAAAAGGUAUUAGUAGAGUAUGCCUGCGCUCUUCUGCAGAGUAUGCUCCUUCAGGGAUACAUGUAUGUCACGGAAGGACAUAUCUGCUUCUAUGCCUAUCUCCCAAAGAAGUCUACCACAGCCAUAAAGUCUGGGUUCCUCUCGAAGCGUGGUCGAAAAAAUCCCAAAUACAAUCGCUACUGGUUUGUUUUGAGGGGUGACGUCUUAUCAUACUACGCCGAUUCUUCGAACCUUUACUUCCCAAGUGGCCAUGUAGAUCUCCGGUACGGGAUCUCUGCGUCUCUCGCCGAUACCCAGGCCCAAGGAUCCGAUGCGAAGGAUUUUCAAGUCACGACCGAUCAGCGAACCUACCAUUUCAGAGCCGAUAGUGCCGCAAGUGCCAAGGAGUGGGUGAAAUCUCUCCAGCAGGUCAUAUUCCGCUUCCACAAUGAAGGUGAUAGUGUCAAGAUUGCUUUUCCCAUUGAGAGCGUGAUUGACUUGGAGGAGAGUCCCAUGGCCGAGUUUGCCGAGACCUUCAAAAUUCGGGUCCUGGAUAACAAUGAGACCUAUGCCAUUGACGAGUAUUUCUUCACUUUCUUCAACUCCGGUCAGGAUGCUUUUAAUUAUCUCAAGAGCUUGGUCAAUUCCUCCCCCGCAAAGAACCUAUCCGAUGAGUCCCCUCACAAGGGCGGCACCAAACAUUCGAAUAUACUGGCUGCCAACAGCCGGCGUCUGUCUAUCCAGACAGAGAACCAGUCCCCACACGGUCGAAGCAUUGAGACCGAUCCCCAAGAUUCCACAGACUCGUUUGCUCAAUCAAUAGAUCGAGGCACGGAAUCAUCGCCAAUCGUCCAGUCAAUCACCGAGACCAAUGAAUCGGCAAGUCAAAUACUUAACCGAAGUGAUGUCUUCCAGUCACCUACCAUGCGAUCGUUACCGAGGCGUCCCUCUGAUGUGGUUGAGGCGGGUCGGCGACGCUCCGAUGAUACUGCCCGAUCCGCAUCCGCACGACUAGGCGAUAUGGUGCGGCGAGACAGCUCGGGCUUGUCCAGCCCCAACAGAAAUGCAGAUGACAUUCGCGGCGGUCGCGGGCCUGCGGAUCAACGGAUUCCCCAUUCGUCUCGGCAACCCCCUGGUGUACCCUUGAACGAUCUCGUCAAAGCUGGAGCAUACCCUCUCCAGCGUGCCGCCGGAUUUGCCGAAUACCUCAAAAGCAGAUCCAAGCAGAUGAGUAGCUUACUAGCAACGGAAUCAAUGGGCUAUAUCGAGAAGGUCUCUGGCAUGUGGGCAGGAGGUCAGAAACAUUAUGGAGAGAAGGAAGAGGUGCUUCAUGAUGACCCAACGGUUGAUCCAGAGGACAAGGAAGACGGGCUCAAACAUGGAGACCGAUUCCGAGCCCAUUUUGGUCUCCCUGCCACGGAACAUCUCCAAGCUACAUACUAUGCUUACUUGACCCGUGUUCUUCCUUUAUACGGAAAGAUAUAUCUCAGCGAGAGGAAGAUUUGUUUCCGCAGUUUGCUUCCAGGCACUCGCACAAAGAUGAUCCUGCCACUCAAGGAUGUCGAGAACGUGGAGAAGGAGAAAGGAUUCCGGUUCGGCUAUCACGGUCUUGUUGUCAUAGUUCGUGGUCAUGAAGAGCUUUUCUUCGAGUUCAAUUCCGCCGAUGCACGAGACGACUGUGCUGUAACACUGCAUCAAAACUUGGAAUCUGUCAAAUACCUGGUGGAGUCGGGCCUGCUGGCGGAGGAAGAGCGCGAUCGAGUUGAAGCGGCUAAAGCGGAGCAUCGUAUGCUUCAAGAGGCUAGACUUGACAGCCCCGAUGAGCAUGACACCCACCCAACGCUCAAUGAGAGCUCGGCGGAAAUUUCGCCAUUCUUUGACGACCCUCGCGCCUCUAUCAUCAAUUUCAAGCCAACCGAGUCGCUGAAGAUCACUUGUCUGACAAUCGGCUCUCGGGGUGAUGUGCAACCCUACAUUGCUCUGUGCAAGGGACUUCUCGCCGAAGGCCACAAGCCAAAGAUUGCAACUCACGCCGAAUUCGAGCCAUGGAUUCGCAGCCACGGCAUUGAUUUCGCUCUCGUAGAUGGAGAUCCUGCCGAGUUGAUGCGGAUCUGCGUGGAGAACGGGAUGUUCACAUAUUCUUUCCUUCGAGAAGCCACGUCAAAGUUCAGAGGGUGGAUCGACGACUUGCUUUCCUCAUCGUGGGCCGGUUGCCAAGGUAGUGAUGUGCUUAUUGAAUCGCCAAGUGCAAUGGCCGGCAUUCAUAUUGCAGAGGCUCUCCGAAUUCCCUAUUUCCGUGGCUUCACCAUGCCAUGGUCAAGGACUCGCGCAUACCCACAUGCUUUUGCAGUGCCAGAAACUCGCAUGGGAGGAGCUUACAACUACAUCACGUACGUGAUGUUUGACAACAUCUUUUGGAAAGCUAUCGCAGGGCAGGUGAACCGCUGGCGCAAUAACGAGUUGGGUCUCAAAGCCACUACUUUGGACAAGAUGCAACAGAACAAGGUUCCAUUUUUGUACAAUUACUCUCCUUCCGUGGUGCCACCGCCCCUCGAUUAUCCAGAUUGGAUUCGCAUCACAGGCUACUGGUUCUUGAAUGAGGGCUCUGGCUGGACCCCGCCAGCUGAGCUUUCUGCCUUCAUCCAACGGGCCCGUGACGAUGGGAAGAAGAUUGUCUACAUUGGUUUUGGGUCUAUUGUUGUUUCAGACCCCGCUGCUUUGACACGGACAGUUGUCGAGUCAGUGCGAAAAGCAGAUGUUCGAUGUAUUCUCUCCAAGGGAUGGUCAGACCGACUCGGUGAUCCGUCUAGCCAGAAGGUUGAAAUCCCCCUCCCGCCAGAAAUCCACCAAAUUCAAUCGGCGCCCCACGACUGGCUGUUCUCACAGAUUGACGCUGCCGCUCACCAUGGAGGAGCUGGUACCACUGGAGCGAGUCUGCGAGCUGGUGUACCCACAAUCAUCAAACCGUUCUUUGGUGACCAAUUCUUCUUUGGGUCUCGUGUCGAGGAUUUAGGUGUGGGAAUUUGCAUGAAGAAACUAAAUGUCAGUGUCUUCUCGCGGGCACUUUGGGAGGCCACGCACAGCGAGCGAAUGAUCGUCAAGGCGCGGAACUUGGGCCUCCAAAUCCGUAAUGAAGACGGUGUUGCUACAGCCAUCCAAUCUCUCUACAGAGAUAUGGAAUACGCCAAGACACUCGCCCGUCAGCGUUCAAUUGCCUCGUCCACGCCUUUCUCGCCUACCCCCUCCGCACAAGCCUCACCAGAUCACGCCGAUGACGAUGUCGACGACAUCGAAGAGUGGACUUUCGUCGGUGACGAGGGUGAAGCAGAGCUUUCAAAGCGAAUGCGUGACCUCAGCGCAUCAGACCGCGAGAAGGUGGCCUCGGCUAUGUUUCAAUGA